AUCGUUUGAUAAUAAAAUAUUCAAGUAGUAUUACCUGAAUAAAUUGAUUAUUAACCAAUAUAAGCAACUUAUUCUUUAAAAAUUGAUAAAUCAUAUUUAAUUAAAGACAAGCUCUAUUAAUAUCGCAUUUUAAAAAACAUAUACUCGCACAAGUAUUUCAGAACUUCGUCUAUUCUAUUUUACUUCAUUUGCAAUACUCUAUAACUGAUUCUCCACUUACCAUAUAAAUGAAUCAUUAACAUGGCGAAAAAAACAGAAUUUAAGAAGAGUGAGCUCCUUCAGGUAUUAUCUUCUAGUACUGCUACGUUGAAGGAAAAGAACAAAGCCGUUAAACUUUUGAAGAAAUUCGAUCCGAAUCCUAAGAAACAUUUAGAUGCCUCGUUCCAAACAAGUCAGGCCACAGUAUCCAAGUACCCUUCGCUUCAAAAUUUUUUAUGCUGGAGGUGUGACAAGAUCAAGCAAACAAUGACCAAGGUGAAAUGGGAGUCUAAAGAAGGCUUAAAAAUCAUAUGUACUACUUGCUAUAGUAACUUGGCUCAGUACUUAGAAGUUGCCAAAGUGAGGAGGCUCAACAACAAAUUUUGAUAUAUCAACGAAAGAAAAUGUAAAUUUAAUGGAAUACAUGGAUCCAGUCGUAGGCAAUUCGCUGUCUAUAAUAGUCCUACUAU